GGCCGGGCCAGGUCUCCCUGGCGGGGACGAGCUCUGGAAAACGCCACCUGGUCCCGCUGCCUUAUCGGCCGGGCCGGGCAGCCAGUAGCGGAGGGCCACGAGCCCCAGGGGACAGGCACAACCCGCCCCCAGGUCCCUUAUCUGCGUCCUUCUCCCUGGACAACAUCUCCAGCGCCGGCACCAUGCGCGGCUGCGGGUCCCGGCUGGUUUGGCUGCUGGUGCUGUCGCUGGCCUGGCUGGGCCCGGCUUUGGGGGGCGAGGAUAAGGAUGAAGAGGUGAUAGAAGAGGAGGAAAAGGAGAAGAAAGAGGAUGAAGUGCUCUCAGAUGAGAUCAAGGAGGAGGACAAUGUCCUGGUGCUCCAUGAGCACAACUUUGCCCGUGCCCUGAGUGAGCACCAGCUGCUGCUGGUGGAGUUCUACGCGCCGUGGUGUGGGCACUGCCAGCAGCUGGCUCCUGCCUUUGCCCAGGCAGCCACCGAGCUGAGGAACGAGUCCAGCCCAGCCCGGCUGGGCAAGGUGGAUGCCACGGCACAGACAGCCCUGGCCACUGAGUUUGGCAUCACCUCCUACCCCACGCUCAAGCUCUUCCGUGAUGGCAACCGCACCCACCCCCUGGAAUACACCGGCCGCAGGGACAGCCGGGGCAUCGUGCUCUGGAUGCAGCGCCGGGCGGGCCCCAGCGCCACGCUGCUGCAGGACACCGACACCACCGCAGCCUUCAUCGACUCCCGGGACCUGGUGGCCAUCGGCUUCUUCAAGGACCUGGAGGGUGAGGCAGCCCAGGCGUUCUUCGAGGUGGCUGCAGAGAUGGUGGACCUGACGUUCGGCGUGGCAGAGGCAGCUGAGCUCUUCCAGGCCUACGGGCUGUCAGCUGACACCGUCUGCCUGUUCAAGAAGUUUGAUGAGAGACAGACAAACUUCCCUGUGGACCCGGCACGGGGGCUGGACACGGCCGAGCUCACGCGGCUGCUCCGCGUCCACAGCCUGCAGCUGGUGAUGGAGUUCACCAACGAGACCUCCAACCAGAUCUUCAGUGCCAAGAUCCCCCAUCACAUGCUGCUCUUCCUCAACAAGUCCUCACCGGAGCAGCUGUCGCUGCAGGACGGCUUCAGGGCAGCUGCCGGUGGCUUCAGGGGUGAGGUGCUCUUUGUGGUGGUGGAUGUAGCCGGGCACGGCGCCAAUGUCCUGUCCUUCUUUGGCAUGACCGCUGCUGACGCCCCCACCCUGCGCCUGGUGAGGAUGAAGAACAACCGCAAGUACCAGAUGGAGCAGGACAACUUCUCGGAGUCGGCCAUCCGCACCUUCAUCCAGGGCGUGCUGGAUGGCAAGAUCAAGCCUCACCUGCUGAGUGCAGAGCCCCCUGAGGACUGGGACACACGGCCUGUUAAAGUCCUGGUGGGGAAGACCUUCGAGCAGGUGGCUUUCGAUGAGACCAAGAACGUCUUUGUCAAGUUCUAUGCACCAUGGUGCCCCCACUGCCAGGCCAUGGAGGCCGCCUGGGAGGAGCUGGCCGAGCGCUACAAGGACCGCGAGGACAUCGUCAUGGCCAAGAUGGACUCCACGGCCAACGAGCUGGAGAACAUCACCAUCCACGGCUACCCCACCCUGCACUACUUCCCUGCAGGGCCGGGCAGGAAGAUGAUUGAGUAUAAGAGCAGCCGAGAUGUGGAGACCUUCUCCAAGUUCCUGGAAAACGGGGGGACGCUGCCUGAGGAGCCUCCGGUGACCAAGGCCCCUGGGAACGGCACGGGCAAGGAGGACCCGAGUGCGCCGCGGACGGACGGAUCCCGGGAUGAGCUGUGAGCCCUGUCCCACUCAGGCAUGUGCUAUAAACCACCUGGAAACAA